AUGGCUGCGCCCGCAGCAGCUGCGCUACCCUGCCCGAUCCUCCUCGCCGUGUGCUGGGUGGUGGCGGCGGCGGCGGCGGCAGGAGCAAAAAUUCUUCCAUCUCCAUCCAACUUGAACUAUUCAUUUAUCCAUAUCUGUACUCUGAAGUGGACAUGGAACCCCCCAGAGAACAUCAGCAGUAGCUGCAACCUGGAGUAUUCCAGUGACAUCAUCAUUAAUGGGGUUCCUGAGGACAGAAGAGAAUGGAGUAAGAACCAAUUCCGUGUAACAGAUGUGCACUUGAAUGAGGAAAUGCACCUCAGAGUGAGAAGUGAAUGCAAGAAUGACAACACCAGUGAGCCCAGUCCCUGGGUGGAGACCUCUCUUCUGCCUAAAGGUAUUCCAGGUACUGCUGCUGUUGACUUGAGCUGUGUUUGGCACAAUUUGGAGUACAUGGCUUGUGCCUGGCGUCCUGGGGAGAAAGCAAACAGUGACACCAACUACACUCUGUUCUACUGGUUUGAUGGCUUGGAAAACCCAAAGAAGUGUAGCAACUCCUCUGUAGACCAAGGAAUCUUUGAAUGCAUUUUCAGUCUUACCUUCCCAAAAGUCACCAGUACCUACCCUGCUAUAAGUAUUUUGAUCAGCGAUGAUUCUGAAGAAAUUAGGCCUGUGUGUGCAAGUAAAAAUCCUACCACCCUUGUAAAACCUGCCACACCAACACAAUUGACAGUGUCAAAGACUAAUGAUAGAAUUGAUGUAAAAUGGAGUGAAUCAGAAACUUUUCCAAAAAGUUGUUUACACUAUGAAGUUAAACUUUCCAAUGGUGAUUUGGACAUUGGUCAGAUCAUUGAAUGUGAAAUGAAUUCUGUGUCAAUUCCUGGUGUUGAUCCUAAUAGCAAGUACACCUUCAAAGUGAGAGCGAAACCAAAGCGCGUGUGUUACAACAGUGAUUUCCACAGUGACUGGAGUGAAGAAAAGAGCAUUGGUGAGAAGAGGGGCUCUACAAUCUAUUUUGUUCUAAUAAUUACUAUUCCAUUAAUCGUAGCAGUAUCUACAGUAAUCCUACUUGUUUAUCUAAAAAGGCUGAAGAUAUUAAUUCUUCCACCAAUUCCGGAUCCUAGAGAAAUUCUUAAGCGCAUGUUUGGAGAGCAGAGUGAGGAUUCCCAGAGCUCUGCAAAGGACGAUCCCAUGAAUGCUUUUGAUAGGUUAAUUAUAGAAGAAGAAAUUCAUUCUUUAAUUUUAACAGAAACUUCAGAGAGCACUAAGUCUGAAAAAGAAACCAGGGAGACUCUGCUUUAUCAGUGA